UUAUAGUGUGGAUGAAGCCGUCACUGUUCUUUUUCCUAGUCACUAACUGAAGAUGUCUGCCCGGGCCAAUGUAUUUGCUCAGAACAAAGUGAAGCAACAUAUUAACGACAACUUCUCCAGGUUUCAGCGCAUCCAAGUGAAGCAAUUGCUCCGCCUGCGGUGUUUCACUGACAUAGACAAGCAAAAGAUCAGCGCGACCUGUGACUGGGACGGAAACAACCAGGCAGUGUUCGUUUUCUUUCAACACCUGUGGGCCAGGGAAGGAUGGGUGCUUCUGUUGAUAGAAGCUCUCAGGGAAGAUCACAUGGGGGACCUUGCUGAGGAGCUCCAACAAGUUUAUGACCGUUACCUGCCCCCUUCGCCAAGGACCUCUCCAGCAGCUUCGUCACCCCCAGCUGCCCAUAUUCCUUCGGACGCAUCUCUCCGGCCUCAAACCAAUGAGCGGAGUUCUCAUGGAGUUGCGUCUCCCUCGGCCGUUCCUGUGUCUCCCUUGGGAUUUGCCACUCCAACCACCAACACGCCCACCCAGGAUAUGGGGGAUUACCACACUCCCGUUCAAGAAAACCAUCAUCCUGCUGAAAAGAGCAAGUUAGUGGUAAAACCUCAGGCCACAGACAAAGCCAGAGAGCCAGAUUUUUCCCCGCCUUCCAACAGCAAUGCAGCAUCUAACAUCAGAGCAGCGGUCCGAGGAGAGAAGGCAACUGACGCUCAAGUCGCGUUGCCUGAAAAAGAGUCUCCUUCAAUCCCAGGCCCGGUGGAAGAGAGGCCACUUCUCCCACCAAUGGCCUCAACCACAGGUGUGGGUAGUGUGGAGCAGAAGUGGGACAGACGCCAACACCACCCUGUGAUGGUGAAAAAUGAGAGUAUGGGGAACGUGCAUCGCCCAGAGGACAGCACGACAGUUUCAGCAUUGCCCACUGACGCUUCUGGGAAUCAGCCGGAAGAGGAUUACUACUCAACUGAUAGCUUUGUGUUGGCUCCAGGCAAUCAAAGGGAAUCUGAGGCAAAGGACUUGCUUAGAGAGCGAAGGGUUCAUAUCCUCCGGGUGGAUCAAAACCAGGACUGGCUGGAAAAUCAGGCCACAGAAAAUCAGCCGGUUGUGGACAAUCUGCAAAGUAGCCUGGAUGCAAAGAAGAAAAGACUCCCAGGUGAAAAACUGGGAGUGAGCCCCAAAGCUUCCCACAGGUCAGCAGAGGACCCAACCCAGCUCCUGUCCACUGAUCAUUCAACUCGUAGCUCUUCUGCCAACAGUGCCCAGCUGUCUCUUAAGCAAACAGGAACUAAGCCUCCCUCUCAGGUCCCCAACACCACAUCUGAUCAACAGUUUCAUCCUCCAUCUUCUGACUUGGGUGGUUCCUCUCCCAUUGACAAAAUGCCACCAAACCCUUCUAUGAAGUUUUCAGCUGCUAGAGGUGAUACAUACUCAGAUGACUUUAAAUAUACUAUCGAAGAGAAAAAGCCUUUGAGAGAACCAGACCGCAUGGAUACCUUGCCAGUGGGGCAAGAGCAGGCGAUGGAGACUCGGCCCUCAGCUGGGGUGGACUGUAAGAGAAAGAACCACAUCUUUUACAGCAACCAUACCGAGGACGAUAUGCCUUCCAAGCCGGGUGUUCUGUCUUCAGUCCCAGGUGAAACUGCAGAGUCCACCAAGGCAUAUUCUGGGACAUCAGAAAGAUUAUGCAUUAGCAACAGUGACCCCAUAUUGGUGAGUGAUACCAGCUCAGUGGGUAAUCCAACUGCAAACACCCUUUGGGGAAGAAAGGGGGUGAGCAGCCCAGGUGAUGCUUCUCUUCCACCCAAGGAUGAGAAUGGUGAAGAUGAGACAUCCAUCAGGACUCACAAUCUGCAAGUGGUGGAGAAUCCAAGUAUGGAUCUGAUGGGAGCUCCUGAGAUGGUUCCUUUGGGUGAGGCCUCCCCUCACCCUUCUUCAAGAGCCUUCCCAGAUCCAACAUCUGAAUGUCAACCAGAGAAGAAGGCCAAGGACCUUUCUCGGGCUUCCCUCCCAGAUGAGAAAGCUGAGGCUGGAACUGGGUGGACUGCAAACAACUCUGUGCUGCUCUUUGUGGGUUUUGCUCUGGCAUCUGUGGCGGUUGUGGCUUUUGUGCUGUAUAAGAAGAAAUAGGCAUUGGAGUCAAAAAGGAGCUGUUGACCAACUGAAAUUCAUGCCCAGCCACCUUCUCUUCCAACCAAUGCUUGAUAUAACACUCUAGGGAAGGGAAGCAAUAGGGAGUAAUUGCUGCUUUCUUCAGAUAGCUUUUCGCCACAGAUGUGUGAUGCUCCCAGCAGUGCUAUACUCUGUCCUCACAACUUGCCUUGCCUAUUUCCUUGAGUCUGCUUUUGGUCACCGGUGACUUCUUUUGAUCAGUGGUACUGGGUAUCUGUCAGUUCAGUUGCCCUAUACCCCAAAUAGCCAAGUGGGUGAGACCUAGGACUUGCCUGAGAAAUCACCAGAAAAGCAAAGCCUGUAAGUCAGAGCAAAAUCUUAGAAGAAGCCAGCGGCAGCUCGCUUCCACACAGCUGGCAAGAGAAUAACAGGAUCUUGACUUGGGUGGGCUUCAUUUUUAAAAAGGCUACAUCCAAAAGAAUAAUGCUGCAGUUGGUCCCACUGGCUGACAUGGACAAUCGAUCAGCGUCCUGGUCCAGUGGGUAGAUCUGUUUGGUAUGGCUUAAAAAAAGGAAAAGAAAAUAGCAUGGUUCACUUUGAGAGUGAUUGUGCAACAUGCCUACUAAUGCUGCAGAAGGUCUGUCGUUUAAUGAUGGCUUGUUCAGGAUGGUGCCUUCCAGUGUGUAUGGCAGUGUCUCCCAACCUCAGCAACUUUAAGAUGCAUGGACUUCAACUCCCAGAAUUCUGCAGCCAAGUCCAUGCAUCUUAAAGUUGCCAAGGUUGGGAGACACUGAGGUACGAUGUUGUCUUUCAACCUCUGGAGGAUUCAGGGACAACAGAAGCUCUUUUAGAUGCCUACCCAUUGAAUCGGUGGCAUAACACACAUGCAGUCUACUGAAGUUAAGGAAGAGAUCUUGCACUGAGCUCGCAAAUGUUCCAGUGACAUUUAGUCCAACAUGGCAAAGCCAUUUCAGGUGGCCUCUCCAUAGAAGUUAUGUAUUCUGCACUAUAUGAGUGAUUUCUGAUUAGGGAAUCUCCUUUUCUUCUAAGGGUGGGUAGGUUUUCUAAGGAAUUUUCAUUUUUUCCCCCUCAGAACUAAUAAAAAUUCAGGCAGCUAGCUCCCCAGAUGCCUGAAUAUGUUGUUGUUUGAAUAUGAAAAAGUUUAUGCUGAAUCCUUAGAAAUUAACAUCCUGUUCUCCCGCUCUGUUUUUCUGGAAUCAGUGUCAGCUUAUGUAAUUUAGGGAAAGGCGGGUAGCAAUGGACUUCAUUGACAUGUUUGUGAACCCUUGGUCUUCCUUUUCCACUUCUUGGAAAUAAGAAGAGAAUCGGGCAUUGAAAAUCAAAGGAGGAACAAGCUACCAGAAGUUCUUUCUCCUGUUAUUACAGGAAAGGGCUCCAACUUGGACUGUCAUUUUCUGGAAGUUAUCCAUGGAUGUCAGUGGAAGUGGAAUGUCUUCAGCCCAUUCUUUCUGGAUGUUUUUUGCAGCAAAACUUCUCAGACUUUGUCCAACCACCUUAUUAACAGUGGCCAUGCCAAGCCACUGUAUUUUCUUUUGUCUAAUGCAGUGUUUCUCAACCUUGGCAAUUUUAAGGCAUGGG